AUGACAACUUUGGAAGAUAAAUCUUUGUGGGAAGGCGAUAAUGACGAUCAAGACAUUGGUCAAGAUAUUCUUCGUUUAGCACCUGAAGAAAUUACAAACAGAACUCGUUUAUUGGAAAACGAAAUUAAGAUUAUGAAGUCAGAAAUAGUCAGACUGCAACAUGAACAAGCUGCUAUGAAAGAAAGAAUAAAGGAUAAUAAGGAAAAAAUCAAGAUGAAUAAACAACUUCCCUACCUUGUCGGCAAUGUUGUUGAAUUGCUUGAUAUUGAUCCUGACCAAGAAGAGAAUGAAACUGAAGGAGCCAAUGUUGAUUUAGAUGGGCAAGUGAAAGGAAAAUGUGCUGUCAUCAAGACUUCUACACGACAAACUAUCUUCCUGCCGCUAAUCGGUUUAGUUGACCCUGCUGAAUUAAAACCAGGAGAUUUGAUUGGUGUGAAUAAAGACAGUUAUUUGAUUUUGGACAAGCUUCCUGCAGAAUAUGAUUCUCGAGUAAAGGCAAUGGAAGUCGAUGAAAAACCUACAGAAGAUUACAACGACAUCGGUGGAUUAGACAAACAGAUUGAAGAACUAGUUGAAGCCGUUGUCUUGCCUAUGACACAUGCUGAUAGAUUCAAAAACCUCGGUAUUAGGCCACCCAAGGGUGUAUUGAUGUAUGGACCACCAGGUACUGGUAAAACACUGCUAGCAAGAGCAUGUGCUGCUCAAACAAACUCGACAUACCUCAAGUUAGCUGGACCUCAGUUAGUACAAAUGUUUAUUGGUGAUGGUGCUAAAUUAGUUCGUGAUGCUUUUGAAUUGGCCAAAGAAAAGUCACCAGCGAUUAUAUUUAUUGAUGAACUGGAUGCUAUUGGUACCAAGCGUUUUGACUCUGAGAAAUCGGGCGAUCGUGAAGUACAACGUACCAUGUUGGAACUCUUGAAUCAACUUGACGGCUUCUCAUCUGACGACCGUAUUAAAGUCAUUGCUGCCACCAAUCGUAUUGAUAUUUUGGAUCCUGCCUUAUUACGUUCAGGUCGUUUGGAUCGUAAGAUUGAAUUCCCUCUUCCAAAUGAGGAAGCCAGAGCUCGUAUUAUGCAAAUUCACUCCAGAAAGAUGAAUGUUAGUAAAGAUGUCAACUUUGAAGAAUUAGCAAGAUGCUGUGACGAAUUUAAUGGUGCUCAAUGUAAAGCUGUGUGUGUUGAAAGUGGUAUGCUAGCAUUACGUCGAGGAGCAGUUGAAAUUACUCAUGAAGAUUUUAUGGAAGCUAUUCAAGAAGUACAAGCCAAGAAGAAGAUGACAUUGCAAUACUAUGCUUAA